AUGCGCCGAGGAGGAAGACAACGUUGGCAGUUUGAUGGCGAGGGAUAUCAGGGAGCUGCACCGAAGGCUGGUUCUCAGCACCCUGGAUUUCACGGAGGACCGAGCGAUACUUCUCUUUUGACUAGGUAUCAGGACCAUGUUGCCUGCCAUUUAUGGUUCGGCGAGGAGAGAGGACCAAAGACAACCUUAAAGGUUGCUGCACAUGGCAGCAAAUUAAUAGGAUGGGUUUCGCACAGUCUCCCAAAGGUGAUUAAUGAUUGGUUAGUUGGCUCUGGUCUAUCAUCUCUCCAGCAUACUAGUUUGUCCAUAGUAGAUACAGAUAUUUUAUAUGCUUUUGUUGAGAGAUGGAAUCCUGAAACAUCGUCAUUUCGUAUGCCGUUCGGCGAGAUGACCAUUACGCUAGAUGAUGUUUCAUAUCUUCUACAUAUACCUAUUCGGGGUGAGUUGGUUGACCCUGACUAUGUUUUCACUGGUUAUGAUGCUAUCACUCUAGCUGUUAAGUUGUUUGGUGUUUUAUUGAGUGAUGCAUUGACCAUUGACCAUUCAUCUGUGUUAUAA